GAACAGUGGCAUAAAUGUCAAUGAGCAAAGACAGAUUUAUGUUCCGGCCGACUAGUGACUUUUGUGGUUCACAUUCCAGCAAGUAGAUGUCAGUAAAGCGCCCAAGCCUCGGUUGCAACGCGCCAUUAAACAUAAGAGAAGACGAAGAGAGUCUUUUCGGUUGCUGUGAGGCUUUUGCUCUCUGUCGCUGAACUCGUCAUCCGGGCAACGUGGAGUCAAAAUCCAGCGCACCGGGUUCGGGCCGAACACGUCACUCCCCGGAGACCUGCCACAGAUCGGCUAAACAUUAGCCAGCGGUUAGCAUGCGGCUGACCCGGGACUAGGGGGGGGGAGACCAUUUAUUCUGCUCGCGAUGACAUUUGGGAAGGAUGGGACGCAGCUGUGGAACGAGCCGAAGCGCCGACCUGCGGACGACUGAUACGAUCAAGUGCAUUACCAAGUAGAAGACGACCCACAUCAUGGGAAGGAUCAGCUUCUCGUGCCUCUUCCCGGCCCCGUGGCACUUCAGCCUCUCCUCCCAGGGGCUUCCUCGGCUCCUGAUCCCUUCCUUCCGACAGCUGCUCUUCAUCGGCCUGCUGCUCUGCCUCAUUGGACUGCUCUACCUGCUGCUGGCGUCUGGGAAGGGCCACGUCAGCUGGAUCAGAGAGGAAAAUCACUUCCACAGGCACUUGGCGAAGGUGAGUGACGUGGAUGCGACAGAUACUAGCAACCCCAACCUGAACUAUGGCCUGGUGGUGGACUGUGGCAGCAGUGGCUCAAGGGUAUUUGUGUACUGUUGGCCCCGGCACAAUGGUAAUCCCCAGGAACUUUUGGACAUUCGGCAAAUGAGAGAUCAACACCGCAAGCCUGUAGUCAUGAAGAUCAAACCGGGAAUCUCUGAUUUGGCUAAAACACCUGAGAAAGCCAGUGAUUAUAUCCAUCCACUGCUGAGCUUUGCUGCCCAACAUAUUCCCAAAAAUAAACACCAAGAAACACCUUUGUACAUCCUGUGCACAGCCGGAAUGAGAAUCCUCCCUGAAAGUCAACAAGAAGCACUUCUUGAGGAUCUGCGAACUGACAUCCCAGUCCACUUCAACUUCCUCUUCUCUGACUCCCAUGUGGAAGUGAUAUCUGGAAAACAGGAAGGCGUCUAUGCAUGGAUCGGAAUAAACUUUGUCCUUGGAAGGUUUAACCAUGUGCACAAUGAUGGUGAAGCUGUAGUGGCGGUCCACGUCCCAGGCAGCGAUCAGCAGGAGGCGCGGAUGAGGAAGAGGACCGCCGGCGUGCUGGACAUGGGCGGGGUCUCCACACAGAUCGCAUACGAAGUGCCCCAAACUGUAAGCUUUGCUUCUCCACAACAGGAGGAAGUUGCGAAGAACUUGCUGGCCGAGUUCAACUUGGGUUGCGAUGCGCAUCGCACCGAGCAUGUUUAUCGCGUUUAUGUCUCCACCUUCCUGGGUUUUGGAGGAAAUGCAGCACGCCAGAGAUAUGAGGAGAGUGUCAUCGGAAAUACUGCCACUCGAAACAAGCUGUUAGGUCAGCACACAGGUGAGACGGCAGAGUCUCCCAUCCUGGACCCAUGUCUACCUGCGGACAUGCUGGACGAAAUUGGUCCUUCGACCCAGAAGCUGCAUCUGCGAGGCACAGGAGCCUUUGACCAGUGUCGACAGAUUCUCCAGCCGUUCCUCAACCGCACCAACGAGACCCUCACUUCCCUCAGCGGAGUCUACCAGCCAGCCAUCGAUUACGUCAACAGCCAGUUCUACGGGUUCUCUGAGUUCUACUACUGCACGGAAGACGUGCUGCGCAUGGGAGGGGAUUAUAACGUUUCCAAAUAUGCCCAGGCUGCCACGAGUUACUGCGCCACCCAGUGGAAGACUCUGAAGGAACGCUUUGACUCUGGCUUGUAUGCCUCACACGCCGACCUUCACCGACUGAAGUACCAGUGCUUUAAAUCAGCAUGGAUGUAUGAAGUGUUGCACUCAGGCUUCUCUUUCCCAGCUAAUUAUAAAAACCUGAAGACGGCCCUGUUGGUCUAUGAUAAGGAGGUCCAAUGGACUCUUGGAGCUAUUCUUUACAGAACACGGUUUCUGCCUUUGAGGGACAUCCCUCAGGAAAGCCUGAAAGGAGUGCAUUCUCACUGGCGGCACAGCUUCUCCUUUGUCAACAACCACUACUUAUUCCUUGCUUGUUUCUUCAUUGUGUUGUUGUCUAUUAUGCUGUACUUGCUGCGACUCCGUCGCAUCCAUCGGCGCAGCACCCCUUCCGCUGUGCAGUGGUUGGAGGAGGGCCUCGACUCCCCCUCACUCCCUAUCGCUCUCUAAAAUGGUCUGCGGCGUAAAGUCAUGGAAAAUAUCUGACUAUCUAAAGCCGAUCACAUGUUCUCUACGAGCCCGUCAGCUUGUUCAGUGAGCUAACCUGAAAACCCUAAACGACAAUAACAACAGAUGUUAUUGAGAAUUGGACAUAUGAGAAACAUUAUGUUUGAGUCUUCGGAUUGAGCCAUGAAAAUAUUUGCGUUUAAGUUAUUUUGUUUGAUUAUAAUAAUGCAUGCCUUUUUUUUUAGAAUCCACAUUCUUUCUCCAUUUUAUAUAAGACAAACACAACGGUAUUUAAUUUGGAAUGGGAUCUAUAGUCUCUACUUUAAAUUUCAGGAAGUCUGACAUCUUGAAGAUUUAUUUCUUUAUCCCUUUUGUGUUUAUGAUCACAUCUUUCUUUGUAGGUUUUGUAGUUACUAAAUGGUACAAGCACUCGCUAUUUCUCUAGGAACCUCAACUGCAAUACAAAUUACUAUAUUUGCCGAAAGGUGCACAUGUGACGCGCUGCCCGGCUGGAAUGUGUCUUUUGUGUCUCCGCCAAAUUGUUAUGCCUCAACAAGACGACUAGCCUUUAAGAGCCGUAUUAGUGCAAUACAUGUCUUCUCACUGGUGGGGAACUCUUUAAAACCUUUUUUAUUUUUUUUGUCAAGAGUUCUUUUGUUUUGCUAUCUGACUUUGAAGUUGGUUACCUUUUUUGCAUUUACUUGUGUUGGACUUCAUUUUCAGAAGCCGUCAUAUCAUUGCUGUGAGGGGAAUGUGAAUGAGAGCACAUGCCCCAUUAUUUAUAUGAAAACGAUCUAUCUGGGUAUGUUUGCACAGAUGAAUGUGAUAUAAGUGUUGUCACUUUACAAAUCAGUGAUAAAAGUUUUAUGGUA